UCUGAUUGGUCAAAUAUCUUCCUGACGUCUGACGUAACGUUUUCGCACGAUUUGAAUUUACGAAACGUUUUGUUGCCAACCUUAUUUUCGUCUCCAUUUAAUAACAGACGUGGCAUCUCAAUUAUAGUACUGUUUUUUAAGGAGAGGGGGAAGGAAAUGAACGAUGAUCUCUGCAAGUCGUUUGACAGAGUUGCUAGAAAGAUGGGCUGGAUGGAUGAGGGACUGGACUCAACCCAAAAAAAGUUGGUGAGUAUGAUCGGCAAGACGCGUAAUGGUGGGACAAGUGGAGCUCCUAGCGAGUCCAGUGAUGAAGAGUUUGACAACUUUCUUAUGAAAAACUUUACACCCAAAACAAAAACUAAGCCACAGAAGCCAAUCAGUGCUGCAAAGACACUCUGCUCAAAUGUUCCUGUGGUGAGCUCAGGUGAUGAAGACGACUUUGAGAUAUUUUUGCAGCGAGAGAAAACCCCCGCCGCCAAAGCCAGGAUAAGAUCUGAAAGUGGCAGUGAAGACAGCCUGAAAAACUUCAUAGUGAACGAUUUCUCAUCUGAUGACGAUUUCCUUGAAACCAAGUCAUCCUUAAAAGUUCCUCAGAAGAUCAAAACUCCAGUAGGGCAGCGUCCAUUCAGAAGACCUCUCGCGCAGUUGAACUCGCCGGUGUUUGUUAGCGACAGUGGGGACGAUGAUGAUGAAAACAUUAUCGUAAGGAGUACUUGGAAGACUCGUCACUCGAAGCCCAAAUCUCUGCAAAGAGUUGAAAAGAGUGAAAACGAGCAGGAAGAGAAUCGUUCACCAUUGCUGCCCAGUUUAUCUGACUUCCUCCGUCCUCCCAGUAACACUCCGGCAUUAACAACUUCACCCAAGCGGACUUUAUCAGCGCCUUCUAGGCUGGUCGAGUCGAGCGAUUCUGAGGAGGAGUUUGCAUCCCUGUUGGAGAGGCUGAAAAAGAAAAACAAUCUCACCAGCACCACAUUCACCCCAAACACCAGUAAAGAAUCUGAAACAAAGCUUGUGAUCUCAGCUCCUGCUGUGAAACCAUUCACAACGCCAAGCUCGAAACCGAUCAAGGAGAAACCUCAAGCUGUAAAAGCACAUGGAAAAUCCUCCAUUUUGAAGCCUAAAGUCAGUCAGACGGACCCCAGGCCCGCUGCUGUGAGCAGGAUAUCAGUGUGUAAGACCCCUGGCUGCUUCUUGGAGUCACUCACAGUUCCUGGCUCCAUAUAUGGAUCCAUUUUCAAGAAGAAGAAGGAAGAACUCACAAACAAGCUGUACCAGCUCUACAAUACCAGCGUGUUUGACAACAAGCUCCCAACCAACAUGUCUGUAACCUGGAAUAAGAAGAUGCGGAAAACAGCGGGUUACUGUAUCACAGGACAGGAAAAAGGUGGAGGAAACCGUUACGCUCGCAUCGAGCUGUCCGACAAAGUCUGCGACUCUGCAGAUCGUCUCAGGGACACGCUGAUCCAUGAAAUGUGCCACGCUGCCACGUGGCUGAUAAACGGCGUGAGGGACGGACACGGAAACUUAUGGAGGCUGUACGCACGCAAAUCCACACUCAUCCAUCCUGAGCUGCCCAUGGUGACGCGCUGCCACAGUUAUGACAUCACGUACAAGUUCCAGUAUCAGUGCAAGCGCUGCCAGAAUACGAUCGGCCGCCACUCCAAGUCUCUGGACACGCAGAGGUUUGUGUGCGCGCUCUGCACAGGUCAGCUGGUCUUACUGACUCCUUCGAAGCCACGGGCUCCCGCGCCUUUCGCCACAUUUCUCAAAGAGAAUUAUGGGAACGCGGGGCAGAGCCACGGAGAAGUGAUGCGGAAACUGAGCACCGACUUUGCCUCAAAGACCAAACUUGGUGAAAGCUGAAUGAGCGGAUGUACUGAAAACUCUUUACCUCUUUCUAUGUUCUAUGACCUUUUCGGGCCACUGUGAUGCUUUUUCUUUUGUCAUUGGUUGCUGUAACUGGAAAUGUGAACAAAAACAGCAACGUUUUCUGUCCACUAUAUUUUUUUUGUAUUCAAGUUGAUAGAACUGUCUCAUGUCUUAUCCUCUCUCUAGAAUAUGCUGGAUUUUUGUUUUGCCAGUAAUUUUAACAAUAAAAAAUUGGUACAUAAAACAAA